AUGGUUGACAGUAAGGAGAGUUACAAAUUUGAUCUGGGAGUUGAAGGGUUAGAAGGAAUUUCAGUUAUUUCUUAAUUUUGAUGUUACUUUUGAUGCAUAUGUAGUUAUCAAUAAUUCUGACAUAAUUUUAAGACUUUUGGACAAAACUGUUUUAUUCAAGUUUAUUUUCCUAGCUUGCUUUAUAUGCAAGGUAAAUACCUUAACCCUUUAACUCCCAUGAGUGACCAAGAGAGAAUUUCUCCUUACAUUGAUCAAUAUAAAAUCAAGAAGACAAGUGAUGAGAACCAAGAAAAGUAUCAAUUAGGGGAUCAUUAGUUGAACCAAUAUCAAAUUCUCAGAAGCAACAUCAGAAGAAUUGUAUUGCAGACAGUUAGGAGAAUUACUAAUGAGAUCUUAGGAGUUAUUUGGGUUAAGGUAUUGUCACUUUUAGCACUGUCUUGUCCACUUAAAAUCCCAAAUGAUUCAAGGAUGGAAUUUUGUUGGGAAAGCCUUGGAGUUUAUCCCUGAUUGGCUCACUGAUUGUUAGACUUGUCAACAGAUUGAUUGAUUGGCAUACUGAUAACUGAUCAGCUUAUCAACUGAUAAUCAAAGUGAAAGACUGUCUACUGAAUAAAAGACUAACAAGGUGGUUGACUCGCUAAUCAUUGAGGAACAAAGAACCAAAUUAGUGACUGACUGACAGACUGACAGACUGACUGACUAAUUGACUGAUUGAUUGAUUGCAUCGCAUUACAUUGUCUCACUGUACAUGUAUUAAAAACUGUUGUUUUCUUGUAAAUAAGAUGUCAUCAGCAUGAUAAAAGCACUGGACCAAAAUUUAAAUGGUUAUCUUCAGGAUUAAUGCUUGUUUAACUUUACAAUCCAUUAUGGUUGGAUGAACUAGGUCAACAAAAGUGAUGUAAUCCAAAUUCUAGUUUCCUCAACUAUUUUCAGAUUUGUAGUUUGUCUUGCAAUAGUUUCUUUCCUCUUUGAAUAAGAAGUAUAUAUAGCUCUCAGGUAAUCAAUCAUCUCAUGAUGCCUUCCCCUCAAACCUUGUAGUGUUAUUUACUUUAAAACAUGUCAAAAUGAAUGGCAAUCUUGCUGCACACUACAUAGAGAUUAUACCGCCAGCUGACUGCCUGGAACAUCUCAACAAUUUGACAUCUUCAUUGCUUGCUUACAAUAAAUACGGGCUACAUGGUUUUGGAGCUUCUGUAAAAUAAACUUUAAGAUAAGUGCACAGUCAUACCAAUUGACUGAUUAUGACUGAAAUGCCAGAGCUGUUCAUGUGAGAUUGCAUGACUGGUUGACUUGCUGGCAAACUGAUGAUAAACUGAUUGUCAAACUAACCAGAUGCCAACCAUUGAAAAUCUGAAUUCUGCAGUUGUUUGAAUUUUAACUUUUCUAACUGGCUGAUUGUUUGACUUACUGACUGACUGACAGACUGACAGAUUGAUUGACUGAUUGACUCAGACUGACUGGACUUAUGGACUGACUCAGACUGACUGGCUGACUGACUUGCUGUCAUAUGGACUGACUGACAUGCAUCAUUGACUGAAGACUGUUGAUUGAUUGCUUGAUACAGAAGCUGUUAACUUUGUUUAGGAACUGUUCUCCACGAGAUAAAAAUUAGUACUUGGGUAGAAUUUCUAAAUAGUUGUCAAAAUUGUUUGCAUAAACUGUUGUGUGCUGUGUUCUCCUUUCUUUUGCGAAGUGUUAUAAAGUAAAAUCUGGAUCACAUUUGUGGAGAAUUACAGCUUUUUUCAACAGACAAAUUGACAGACUGGCUGAUAAUCUUCCUGACUUAUGACUGAUGGAUGUAUUUAAAGUUGUGUUACUAAAUGAUAAGUUUUUUUAGCUAUCUUUUUACACACAAAUUUUCCCAUCAUAUAUCCAAACACAAGGAAGGCAUUGAGGAAAAUGUUAAUUGAUCAAUUUUCUUUUUUCAGGAUUUAUGCCAACUGUGGACCAUGGGUUGACAUUUUAUUCUUAUUGAUGAUUGCUGUACUGGAAAUCCAGUUGUUUGCUUAAGUACACAAACAAAAUUCUGGUAUGAGGUAUGCUCUGUUUGAAGUUCACCUCAGAUGUAUAUUGUACAAUGCAACUUGCUUUGUUCAAUCAGCAAGCAGAGCACCCCCACUGGUAUUCAAAAUGGUGUCAGAAAUUCCUUAAUUGGUUGUUUAAAGGGUGAAUGAAGGUGGACCUAUCCAAUUUUCCUUUUUUCGUAAAUGAGAAGUUCCAAAUUGCUCCAAUGUAUUCCUAUGGCAGUAGUACAAUAAAUUUCUCUAAUGUCAUUUUUCUUGAACUAUAAUUAGAAUUUUAUCACACAAAGACAAGUGAAAGCAUAAUAAGCAUACAAAUGUGCUCAUAGUGAGGAAAAGAAACCUGAGGAUGAAGAGGCUUGCACAAUAAACUAGAUGGCAAAUGAAUUAAUAAUUAUUUUACCAAUCAAAAGGUGCCAAGAAUCUUUACAAUGCUUUAUUAAAUUAAACCUUCACAUAACCGUGUUUUGAUACAGAGACAAGAGCAAAACACUUUAAUUUAUCUUUUAGUGUCUUGAAAGAAUUUGUUCAUGAUUUUCUUGUUUCCUCUCCAGGAUAGAAAGAUGUUUUCCUUCUAGUCUCCCUUGGUCUCUGGUAGUGCAGCUAAUUUUAUGAGAUAAGUAUGUAAAUAUAUCAUAUGCAAAUAUUAAAUACUUUAAAAAAAAACCCGAAAAUGUUUGCUGAAGAAUUGGUAAUUAACAUAAAAAAGAAAGACAUGCCAAUUUCCUAAAGAAAUUGGCAUGUCUUAAUGGUUAAAUUGAUGAUAACUUUUGGCAAACGAGGUGACUGAAAGCUGACCUGCUUAAGAUUCUGUUUCACCCCACACAACUCUUCCAUAGUUUUGAUCUGUGAUGCUAGGACUUAGUCCUCAAAAAAGCGGAAACAAGCAUUUCGGAAACUGGACUGUCUUUAUGCGCUGAUCAGGUUUUUGACUUUGUACAAGAGAUGGGUGACUAA